AAAUGGAUGUUACAUGAAUUGCUUUAAGGGAUGCACACAGCUCCGAACAUUUCUCAAGUCAACUAGAGAAGAUGGACGAGUCAGCCUUGUUGGACCUCCUGGAGUGUCCGGUGUGUCUAGAGCGGCUUGACGCUUCUGCAAAGGUCUUGCCUUGCCAGCAUACGUUUUGCAAACGCUGCUUGUUGGGGAUUGUAGGUUCCCGAAAUGAACUGAGAUGUCCCGAGUGCAGGACUUUGGUGGGCUCCGGUGUGGAGGAGCUUCCAAGUAACAUCUUGCUUGUCAGACUCCUGGAUGGCAUCAAGCAGAGGCCCUGGAAACCUGGCCCAGGUGGGGGCGCUGGGACCAACUGCACCAAUGCGCUGAGGGCACAGAGCAGCACCGUAGCUAAUUGCAGCUCCAAAGAUCUGCAGAUCUCCCAGGGGGGACAGCAGCCACGGGUGCAAGCCUGGAGCCCCCCGGUGCGGGGCAUACCUCAGUUGCCAUGUGCCAAAGCAUUAUACAACUACGAAGGGAAAGAGCCCGGAGACCUUAAAUUCAGCAAAGGCGAUAUCAUCAUUUUGCGGCGACAGGUGGAUGAAAAUUGGUACCAUGGGGAAGUCAACGGAAUCCAUGGCUUUUUCCCCACCAACUUCGUGCAGAUCAUCAAACCCUUACCUCAGCCCCCACCUCAGUGCAAAGCACUUUAUGACUUUGAAGUGAAAGACAAGGAAGCAGACAAAGAUUGCCUUCCAUUUUCAAAGGAUGAUGUUCUGACUGUGAUACGCAGAGUGGAUGAAAACUGGGCAGAAGGAAUGCUGGCAGACAAAAUAGGAAUAUUUCCAAUUUCCUAUGUUGAGUUCAACUCAGCGGCCAAGCAACUGAUCGAAUGGGAUAAACCCCCUGCACCGGGCGCUGAGGCCGGAGAAGGCAGCUCCACGGCCACCCCGAGCACCUCCGCCCCGAAGCACUCCGACACCAAGAAGAACACCAAAAAGCGUCACUCCUUCACGUCCCUCACUAUGGCCAGCAAGUCCUCGCAGGCCUCCCAGAACCGCCACUCCAUGGAGAUCAGCCCGCCUGUCCUUAUCAGUUCCAGCAACCCCACGGCUGCCGCGCGCAUCAGUGAGCUGUCUGGCCUCUCCUGCAGUGCCCCCUCUCAGGUUCACAUUAGUACCACCGGGUUAAUCGUGACCCCACCCCCAAGCAGCCCAGUGACAACCGGCUCUUCGUUCACAUUCCCAUCUGAUGUUCCCUACCCAGCUGCUGUCCUCGGAGCUAUGAACCCUCCUCUUCCCCCGCCUCCUCUCCUGGCCUCCACGCCACCAGGUGCCACUGCCGCUGCCACUGGCCCCGGUCUGGGAGCCCGGCCCAGCACAGGACCUGUCGAACAGAUGGCACAUUUACGGCCGCAGACUCGCCCCAGUGUGUAUGUUGCUAUCUAUCCAUACACUCCCCGGAAAGAGGAUGAGCUUGAACUGAGGAAAGGGGAGAUGUUUUUAGUGUUUGAACGUUGCCAGGAUGGCUGGUUCAAAGGGACAUCGAUGCAUACCAGCAAGAUAGGGGUUUUUCCGGGCAAUUACGUGGCACCAGUCACAAGGGCAGUGACUAAUGCUUCCCAAUCUAAAGUUCCUGUGUCUACUGCUGGCCAGACAAGUCGAGGGGUGACCAUGGUCAGUUCUUCCACUGCAGGAGGGCCAGCCCAGAAACUCCAGGGAAAUGGCAUCGUUGGGAAUUCCGGUGUUGUCCCCACUGCUGUGGUAUCGGCUGCUCACAUUCAGACCAGUCCUCAGGCUAAGGUCUUAUUGCACAUGAGUGGACAGAUGACUGUCAACCAGGCCCGCAAUGCUGUGAGGACAGUGGCCGCACACAGCCAGGAACGUCCCACGGCAGCUGUGACGCCCAUCCAGGUACAGAAUGCCGCCGGCCUGGUCUCCACGUCUGUGGGCCUUCCACAUCACCCCCUGGCCUCCUCACAGCCGCCACCCACCAUGCCAGGCCCUGCUGCCCACUCCACUGCCGUGAACAUGGGCCGAGCCGGCGUGCCCCUGUCCUGUGCCGCGGCUGCCUCGAUGACCUCCCCAAGCAUCAACACCGCUGUUUUGGAGAAUGAGCCCAGCGCUCGGAUAGGCAGCGUGGUCUCUGGACUUCCCACCUCUCCCGACACUGUUUCCUCAACUUGUGGGAACAACUCAGCGUCCAAGCCAGACAAAGACAGUAAAAAAGAAAAAAAAGGUUUGUUAAAGUUGCUGUCCGGAGCCUCUACGAAACGCAAGCCUCGAGUGUCGCCUCCGGCGUCCCCAACCCUGGAAGUGGAGCUGGGUGCGGGGGAGCUGCCUCUGCAGGGCGCCGUGGGGCCCGAGCUGCCCCUGGGGGGCGCCCACGGCAGGGCUGGCUCCUGCCCUGCCGACGGGGAGGGUCCGGGCCCCUCAGGAGCCACGCUGGUCCAGGAUGCACUGCAUCGGAAGCCGGGCCCCCUGGACCCCGCCGUACCCAUCGCGCCACCGCCUCGGCAGCCCUGCUCCUCCCUGGGCUCCGUCCUCAACGAGGCUCGGCCUGUCGUGUGUGAAAGGCACCGGGUGGUGGUUUCCUAUCCUCCUCAGAGUGAGGCAGAACUUGAACUUAAGGAAGGAGAUAUUGUGUUUGUUCAUAAGAAACGAGAGGACGGCUGGUUCAAAGGCACGUUGCAACGCAAUGGGAAAACGGGCCUUUUCCCUGGAAGCUUUGUGGAGAACAUCUGAGGAGAGCAACCUCGAGAAGGCUUCGAAUCCCAUCACACAACAGAAGAGCACAAAGCAAUGUCAUGGAAAGAGCACAUUUGUGGACUUCCAGAUGGUAGGAGAUGAACAAAAGGAUUGAAGUGUGACCCCAGAGCCCCCCAACACAGCUAGACCAGCCAGCAGCAUGAAGAAGGAGCGGGUGUGGGUUUUCUCUUUGGAUUCUGCUAUGUAAUGUGUGCCUUGUACUGUCUGAUUUACUCUACAGAGAAACCUUUUUUUUGUUGUUAUGUUUUAAAGAUAUAUAACUAAAAUGAACCAUUGUUUACAAGGCUUAACUUAUUUGCUUUUUUUAAAAAAAAACUUGAAUUUUUCUUGUAAUAGAUCAAUUCUUUGGAUUAUGAUUUUAAGAAAUUAUUAAUUUAUGAAAUGAUAGCUAAGGAGAAGCUGGAUUCUCUCCUGUUGAGAGCAAGAGAUCCUUUUUUUGACAUAGAAUGAAGCCCCCUUCCCCUCACCGGUAUUAUGUUUUGCUUCUUUAAGACAGAAAUGCCAGUUCUCUAGAUUUAGUUUUCCUUUUUAGGAAACGAAAACAUACAACUGAAUCGGUAUCAAUAAGGGCCUGGGGUAGGGAGGUAGGAACUCAAGAGAAGAGCAGUUAGUAAUUUCCUGUCUUUCUGGUUUGGUCAGGAUUCACCCUGAAGACCUAGUCCUCAAUUUAAUUUUGUGGGUUUUUAAUUUCCCCAGAACGAAAUCAAUGAAGCGAAGAGAAGGAAUGAAGCACAACCCUCGAACAAAAAACGUAGUCAGAAAAGUAUUUAGUUUUCCACCAGAAGCAGCCCAAUCCAUUGAUUGCAGUCAGGAAAAGCCCACUUUGUACACGCUGUCUGCUAAAGGCUAUGAAAUGUAAUCACCCAUUUCACCCCAAGUGAUCUGCAUGCCCAGGACACAAUAAAACGUUUGUGAGAUCGUGGUGGUAAGUGAUGCACUCGUGCUAAAGUCAAAGGCUCUAAGAAACACUGUGAAACAUUGACAUCCCCCCCAUCAUGGUUCUUUACCCACCGUUCUUGCAUGUAGAACCCUGCAUGGUGUGUAUAGUUCAUUGCAGUGUCCUCUUGAGGUGAGUUUGUGCCCAGAAUUGACCGAUGCAGGAGGUGUAAAAUAAAGUUUUCUUUUCUCGAUCCCCAAGCGCACUGCUGACGAAGCGCGCUUGCUCCCUUGCCUGGCUAAGGCAGCCGUUAGCCAUCACUCAAGUUUUAGUGGAAAUUCUCCUUUUAUGUCCUUCCAGCUGAUGGAUGUGAAGGAUGAUGAGCCGGGAGGUCGCGCUUGCGACUCUGCUCGCAGUUCCAGGAGGCUUGGUGAGAGCCCAGUGCCCACACCUUACAAUUGUGGUAGGAUCCAGCUGAGCCUGGCUUUUUAUAUCCAUCCUUUGAUGUCAUUGGCCUCUUCUACCCGUUUCAUUCCCGUGCCACGCAGUCGUGGGUCUGGGUAGUCCUACAAAGAAAAAGGAGGGAAGGCAGCCUGGGAGUGAACAAGAUUGUUGCCACAGUUUUCUCAUGAAAUGACAAAAACCACAGUUUUUCUUUUUUCUUUUUUUUCCGCUUUUUUUAACUUUAAGAAUCACAACUGGGAAAGCGACACAUGAACUGAAAAUGAAAAGUCUUCUUGGAGUAGUAAGAAGUCUCGUGGUCUUGCAAAGACAUAUUAUGUGGUUGAAAUAAAAAUCAUUCCUAAAUUAACCAUUUUUUAAAAAAUAAAACACUGUACAUUAUGUUCCUGUGUGUUGAAUUUUUUAAGAAAAAUACUUUACUUGGAUAUUCAUGUAAUAUAUAAAGGUUUGGUGAAAUGAACUUUAGUUAGAAAAAAGCUGACAUCGGCUUUCAUCUGUGGAAGUUGACACCAAUGUGUCAUAAUAUUCUUUAUUUUGGGAAAUUAGUGUAUUUUAUAAAAAUUUUAAAAAGUAAAAAGACUACUACAGGUUAAGAUAAUUUUUUACCUGUCUUUUCUCCAUAUUUUAAGCUAUGUGAUUGAAGUACCUCUGUUAAUAGUUUCCUGGUAUGAAGUUCGUUAAAAUUUCAUCUGUUAAUAGAUCAUGUAGGUAAUAUAAGUGUAUGGGUUUUCUAUUGGUUUUUUGGAGACAGUAGAUGGAGAUUUUGUAACGAGGGCUUGUUACACUGCGAUAUGGAAAUGAGAAAAUUGCAAUUGAUCGUUGCGUUCCAUGUUAAUAAUUUGAAGACUGGAGAAAAGGUUCAAGAUUAAAAUUUGAUGUUCAUCCUUGA